UACUUCUCUUAUCAGCCCUCAGUCAUAAAAACAAGGCUUGACUCUGAACAAACUCUCUGUCCAUAGGAAGUGUCCUGUUGUCCUCUGGUCUGCUGGUCCUCUGGUUCUGUUGUCCUCUGGUCCUCUGGUUCUGUUGUCCUCUGGUCUGCUGGUCCUCUGGUUCUUUUGUCCUCUGGUCUGCUGGUCCUCUGGUUCUGUUGACACCUGGACUUCAGCAGGAGGAGGUGGAAGAUGUCGAAGACCCAGGAGGCGAUGGAGCUCGGGCUGAAUGGAGCCUCUAAACAUCAGGUUGCAGGUGCGGGCCGACAGCGCCAAGGCGCCACCGUCAGCUUCCACAACAUCGAGUACAAGGUGGUGCAGGGAGGAAGCUGCCUGUGUCGGAAGAAGGGCACGACCAAAGACAUCCUCGUCGACCUCAAUGGGGCCAUGGCGCCCGGUCUGAACGCCAUCAUGGGCGCCACAGGAAGUGGGAAGUCAUCGUUCCUGGAUGUGUUGGCGGCCCGGAAGGACCCUGCUGGUCUGUCGGGAGAGGUCUUGAUCGACGGAGCUCACCAGCCUGCGAACUUCAAGUGUCUGUCUGGAUACGUGGUGCAGGACGACGUGGUGAUGGGGACUCUGACGGUCAGGGAGAACUUCCGCUUCUCCGCCGCGCUGAGGCUGCCGGCCUCCUGUGUGUGCGUGUCUGUGUGUGUGUGUGUGUCGCAGGUGGGCACUCAGCUGAUCCGGGGGAUCUCCGGCGGCGAGAGGAAGAGGACGAACAUCGGCAUGGAGCUGAUCAUCGACCCGCCCGUCCUCUUCCUGGACGAACCCACCACGGGCCUCGACGCCAGCACCGCCAGCUCCGUCCUGCUGCUGCUGAAGAGGAUGGCCAACAGCGGUCGCACCAUCAUCCUCUCCAUCCACCAGCCUCGGUACUCCAUCUACCGGCUGUUCGACAGCCUCACGCUGCUGGUCAACGGCAAACAGGUGUUCCACGGCCCGGCUCACAGCGCGCUGGAGUAUUUCUCAAACAUCGGGUACACCUGUGAGCCCCACAACAACCCCGCCGACUUCUUCCUGGACAUCAUCAACGGAGACUCGACCGCCGUCGCCCUCAACAGCAUCGACAGAGAAGAUCUGGAUUCAGACACUCUGACCAAGUCCAGACGAGGGAUCGAGGAGAAACUCGUCCGGGAAUACAAAGGCUCCAUCUUCUUCCAGCAGACCAAAGCCGAGCUGGACAGGAUCAUCCAGGGGAAGCAGGCGACCACCACCGCCCCCUCCAGAACCAUCACCUACAACACGGGCUUCCUCACCCAGUUCAGGUGGGUCCUCAAGAGGACCUUCCGCAACCUGAUGCUCAACCCUCAGACCUCCAUCGCUCAGAUCGGCGUGACGUUGUUCUUGGCUCUCGUCGUAGGAGCCAUUUUCUUCGACGUCAAAGACGAUCAGAGUGGAAUUCAGAACAGGUUCGGCGCGCUCUUCUUCAUCACGGUGAACCAGUGCUUCAGCUCGCUGUCGUCCGCCGAGCUCUUCAUCGCGGAGAGGAAGCUCUUCAUCCACGAGUACAUCAGCGGGUACUACCGGGUGUCCGUGUACUUCCUGUCCAAGAUCCUGUCUGACAUCAUCACGCUGAGGACCAUCCCCGCCAUGACCUUCAGCUGCGUGGCGUACUUCAUGAUCGGUCUGAAGCCGACAGCCGCCGCUUUCUUCACCUUCAUGUUCACCGUGACUCUGGUGGCCUACACCGCCACCGCCAUGGCGCUCGCCAUCUCAGCCGACCAGACGGUGGUCGCCAUCGCCAACAUCUUCAUGACCAUCGCCUGCGUCUUCAUGAUGAUCUUUGCAGGUCUGCUGGUGAAUCUUCCCUCCAUCGUCAGCUGGCUCUCCUGGUUGCAAUACCUGAGUAUUCCACGAUACGGCCUCGGCGCUCUGCAGGUCAACGAGUUCACCGGACUCGACUUCUGUGGAGGAUCCAACAGCAGCGCCGCUCCGCCUGGACUCAAGUGCACAGGGGAGGAGUUUCUGAAGGAACAGGGCGUGGAUUUCACCCCCUGGGGCUUCUGGCAGAACCACAUGGCUCUGGGCAUCAUGACCUUCUGCUUCCUCGGCAUCGCGUACCUCAAACUGCGCUUCAUCAGGAAAUUCACCUAGACCUCCACCCGCACCUCCACCUGCACCUCCCCCUGCUCCUGCACCUUCACCUCCACCAGUGUAAUAUAUAUCAGUAAUAAUUGUUCAUCUUACGACAGGUUUGCAGAUAUUAUUUGUAUUUUCUUUUUGUAAUCCUCCAGAUCUCUAAUAUGCAAAAUUCUACAAAUCCAAAAUGUAUUUGUAGAAUUUUCAAACAUUUGUUGUUUUCAUUUUUAAGUUAUUCAUUAUUUACAGCAAAAUGUGUUGACUAAUGAUUAACAGCAUUAUGAUUCUUUUGCACAAUAAAGUUCAGAAGUAGGAGAAGUAA